GGCGUCACGUGGUUGCCGUAGCUGCUUCCAUGCUUGGGUUGAUGUAACAGGCGUGUGAAUUGAUCAUUGUGCCGGUGUUUGAGAUUCAUUGAUCGGAUAAACGGCGAUCAGACGGAUCUGUUAGCAGACAUGUCGUACUGCAAGCAGGAAGGUAAAGAUCGCAUCAUAUUUGCCACUAAGGAGGAUCAUGAAGCACCCAGUGAUGCUGAGCUCAUCGAAGAUGAUCCAAAUGAUCCGUAUGAGGAUCCCGGCCUUAUUCUCCCUAAUGGUGAUAUAAACUGGAACUGCCCGUGUUUGGGCGGUAUGGCCAGUGGCCCUUGUGGACAACAGUUCAAAGACGCCUUUUCUUGUUUCCACUAUAGCAAAGAGGAGGUAAAGGGUUCAAAUUGUGUGGAAAACUUCCGGAGUAUGCAGGAAUGUAUGCAGAAAUACCCUGAGCUCUACCCUAAUGAAAAUGACAACGACAGCGCCCCCUCUGGCGGGGCAGAUAAUGCACCCACUGAAUCCACUUCUGCUGACUCUCUCCCUACAUUCUCUCCUGAUUCCACACCAGCAGCCACAGAAAACCCAGCAGCUAGCUAAUAUUAUUCUAGCUUCAUUCCCUCCGCACCUCACAGCAGAGACUGCUCCACUUUCGAGUAUGAAGAGAUAAUAUCUUAACUACUACACCGCUCGAUCGAUGCUCUCCACCUGACUGCAUGAUGCACAGAGAUGCAGGAAGCCCUUAAACUUCAAAUAUCCAAAUGACAUUAACAUGCAUUUGAGGGACCUAUAAAAAUGAGUUUUGACGAUCUGUAUGUGUGGCAGGCGAGUUUGCACUUGGCCUAUGAAACAUUCAUCAUUUGAAACGUCAGGCUUUGUAUUUUUUGGUUAUUAUUCCCCCCUCACAACCUAAGCUAAGCUUAUUUGAUUUGCGUACUACAACAGUUCAAAGGCCAUUUGGCAUUGUACUUUCACAGCUAAGCAGUUUUGAGAUACUCCACUAACAACUCCAUAAACAUUUCAUGUGCUCUUUUUGUUGUAGAACAUGACAACAAUUUUAUAAUGAAGAAAUGUUCUGUAGCCCCAGGCUACAAACAUUAGGGGGUGUGAGAGAGUAAACUAGUAGCCUUACCUGUCAACUGAUGAUACAUUCAUAAUUUGUUGGUGUUGGAACUAUUAUAAUAGUGAAACAACACAUUAUAAAUGAGCAGAUCCUCUGUUUAGUAAGAACAUGCAAAUAUCUCUUGUUCCAAAGACUGGUAGGUUUUUUUUCAAUUGAAGUAUCUUAACAUCGAGGGCUGUUUCUAGAUCCAUUUUCAACACAUGAUAACAUUAAACAGUGUUAAAUUGUGCUGAUAUCAUAUCCUUUUUGUAACUGAAAUAUUUUUAAGCUUAUGUGGCUUGAUUUAUAUAUAUAUAUAUUCUAUCAAUGGCAUUUACAAAUCUAGCUGUUUAUCACUGAAUUACUUUGAGUUUGAUUUGUCAUUCAAAGACUUAAUGUGAUUUUUCUUGUUUUGAUGGAACAAGAAACCUAAUGAUCUUUUCAUCUGUCAUGUACGUG